GCGUUGACGGGAGACCGCAGGAGAGAGAGAGUGUGUGUGUGUGUGUGUGCGUCUCCGACAGCGGUGCCCAGCGGAGGAAUAUUUGAGCUUUUUUUAUUUACUCUGCAGCUUGUUGUUCAUUUUCUCUGCGUUAUGGUGAACUUGGACAGUCACGUGCGAAGACCGCUGCAAGUAUAGAGGACGACGGCUUCUCACCUGGCGUGUCCCCCCCUUUGACUUUAGGGAAAUAUACCUGCCGUUUCUCGUGAGAGCCGACAUUGUUGGACUGCUACCCCACCUGUGACGGACAACAACAGCAAGUUCUCUCCCUGAGGGGAUGAAAUAUGUAUACACUGCACCCGUAGAAAAAAGCAGACGACAAACACUAUAAAGUGCAAAGUGGUUUUAAAUCAUGAUGAUGCAGGAGUCGGCCACAGAGACAAUAAGCAACAGUUCAAUGAGUCAAAAUGGAAUGAGCACCCUAAGCAGCAGCCAAUUAGAGGCUGGCAGUAGAGAUGGGAGAUCAAGCGCUGGUGACACAAGCAGCGAAGUAAGCACAGUCGAGCUGCUGCAUCUGCAACAACAGCAGGCCCUACAAGCAGCAAGGCAAUUACUCUUGCAGCAACCAGGCAGUGGCCUGAAAUCUCCAAAGAGUCAGGACAAGCAGCGUCCACUGCAGGUUCCAGUGUCAGUGGCCAUGAUGAGUCCCCAGGUGAUGACGCCGCAGCAGAUGCAGCAGAUCCUCCAGCAGCAGGUGCUUUCCCCCCAGCAGCUCCAGGCCCUGCUCCAGCAGCAGCAGGCUGUAAUGCUGCAGCAGCAACACUUGCAGGAGUUUUACAAGAAACAACAGGAACAGCUUCAUCUGCAACUUCUCCAACAGCAACACCCUGGCAAGCAAGCUAAAGAGCAACAGCAGCAGCAGCAGCAGCUGGCCGCCCAGCAGCUCGUCUUCCAGCAGCAGCUCCUGCAGAUGCAGCAGCUCCAGCAGCAGCAGCACCUGCUCAACAUGCAGCGGCAGGGCCUGCUCACGCUGCCUGGUCCCGCUCCAGGCCAAGCCGCCCUGCCCGGACAGACCCUACCCCCACAAGCUGGCUUGAGCCCCGCUGAGCUCCAGCAGUUGUGGAAGGACGUUACCGGAGGCGGUGGUCACGGAAUGGAGGACAACGGCAUCAAACACAGCGGCGGCGGAGCCGGCACCGGCGUGGGUGGCGGCGGUUUAGACCUCUCCACUAACAACUCUUCUUCAACUACCUCCUCCUCCAAUCCCGCCAAAGCAUCGCCGCCCAUCUCCCACCAUUCCAUCGCCAACGGACAGUCUCCCGCCCUCAACCACAGAAGAGAGAGGGAAAGGGAACGGGAACGGGAGCGAGAGAGUUCACUACAUGAAGAAAGUGGAGGGACCCACCCCCUGUAUGGUCACGGUGUGUGCAAGUGGCCCGGCUGUGAGAACAUCUGUGAAGACUUUGGACAGUUUUUGAAGCACCUAAACAGCGAGCACGCCCUCGACGAUCGGAGCACGGCCCAGUGUCGAGUCCAGAUGCAGGUCGUACAGCAGCUAGAAAUACAGCUUUCUAAAGAACGUGAGCGUCUUCAGGCGAUGAUGACCCACUUGCACAUGCGGCCCUCAGAACCCAAGUCAUCUCCCAAACCACUCAACUUGGUGUCCAGCGUCACCAUGUCCAAGAACCUGCCCUCAGCGUCGCCCCCCAACUUACCUCAGACACCGACCACACCCACAGCACCUAUCACACCCAUGGCUGCCAUGCCCCAUGUGCCAUCGGUGCUGGGAGGAGCAAACGUCCCCAGCAUGGGAGCCAUGCGCAGACGCCACUCGGACAAAUAUUCCAUGCCUUUGUCGUCAGGUGGUGACACAGUAUUUAUUUUUCCAGAGAUUGCCCCAAACUAUGAGUUUUAUAAGAACGCAGAUGUCAGACCGCCAUUUACUUAUGCAACCCUCAUAAGACAGGCUAUCAUGGACUCUGCUGACAUGCAGUUAACUCUUAAUGAAAUCUACAGCUGGUUCACGCGCACGUUCGCCUACUUCAGACGCAAUGCUGCAACUUGGAAGAAUGCUGUUCGCCACAACCUCAGCCUGCACAAGUGCUUUGUGCGCGUGGAGAAUGUGAAGGGGGCAGUGUGGACAGUGGAUGAGGUGGAGUACCAGAAACGCAGGUCGCAGAAAAUCACAGGGAGCCCAUCACUUGUCAAGAACCUGCCCUCCAGUCUUGGAUAUGGAACUGCACUAAAUGCCAGCUUACAGGCUGCCCUAGCAGAGACCUCUUUGCCUUUGCUGGGAACCCCCGGGCUCAUGGGCAGCGGCGCCACAGGCCCGAUGGUAGGCUGCCAUGGCCUCCUCGGCGGAGACCCAUCCGGACUGACCGCGGGAAGCCCGCCUGGACAAUUGGGAGGGAGCCCACCGGGGUUGCUGGGUGGUAGCCCCCCAAUUACGCUGAGUGGCAGCCCCCCCACUCUGUUGCAGUCCGCCCAUGAGGAACUCAACGGCUCAGUCGACCACCUGGACACCAACGGACACAGCAGCCCCAGAUACUCUCCUCCAGUACACAUGCCACCCAUUCACAUAAAGGAGGAGCCACUUAAUAUGGACGACGACGACUGUCCGAUGUCGCUUGUGACGACGGCCAAUCACAGUCCAGAGCUGGAGGAGGACCGGGAGCUGGAGGAAGGGAACUUAUCAGAAGACCUGGAGUGACUAGGAUACAGUUUUUGGUUAACGUAUCCCUUCACCGAACCGCACUGUUUUUCUCACACAGACCUCCUGCAAGACUAGAUACCACUCCACAGUCCAAGCAACCACAGCUGACUCUCUUUGUCUCUCUCACCACUGGGACUAUUUAUUGAGCAUGUAUCCGGAUAGAGACUGGUCCAAAGGAACUCUUUGUUGCAGCCCUUUGGCAUCCCCUAAACACAAGCAGGCAUGAGAUGUCUGUUUGGGGAAAAAAAAGAACUCUUUGAGACCUGUUUCAUUAGGGAUGGCGUGGCCACAUACCGUAUAAGGAUGAUAGACUAAUGGAUGGGGAAAAACAUGUUCCGUUGAAAGCUAGCGGCCUCAUAUACUGCCAAAAAGGAAGACAUUUUAUGUUUGUGAAUAAUCCAACCCACAGUAGUUGUUAAUGUCUAGAGACAAUUGCUGGUUCAAUUCAAGUUGUUGCUCUGUUAUCAUUUGCACAGGAGUAGUCUCAGAAAUUUGUGUCACUGCCUGUAUGUUGCUACUAUUAUGAAACCCAGUAUAUUAUUUCAGCUUUUUUUUAAUUUGUUAAUUUCCAAAUAUGAUUUUUUUUAGACACCACCAACUGUAAAUGCCAUUCCCCGAAUCACACCAGUAACGGAACUGCGGUACCAGGACUGUUGUUGCAGCUGUUCAGAAAAAACAAAGGAGAGAAAAAAAAAAGAAAAGAAAAAAGUUGGCUUCCAGUCUGUUAUCUGUUUGUGAAUAAACAUUAAAAAAAAUGGAAAUUAAGUUGGGGAAGAAAUAAGUUUGUUAAAAGCGCCAUUUACAAAACAAAUGCAUUUCUGCAUAAUUUUCUUCUCGCUGUUCUCCUUUUACCUCCUCGUUCGAAAGCUUUGUCUACCUUCAAACAGUCACAGGCAACAGCUAGAAACCAAAGCCAACACUAGCAAUGGCCAAUAGCUUAUAGACAGAAGCCACCAAACUCCUCUUGGUCCGCCUUCUGCGACUUUAAACUAGUACAAAGAGAAGCUUUUGUUCCGCAAACUACCUUGGAAUAACCUCUGGGAUUGUUUCAUUUAGCCCUAUACAAAGAUGAUCAUGAGGAAGAUAGAGGGAAAAUAAAGGCUGGUUUUGAUGUGAAAUUUGCUAACUCAUACAAAAAAAAAAAACAAAAAAAAAAAAAUGUCCACUUUGGAGAUUUUCUGCCAGACAUACUAUAGGUAGAAGGUGAUGUGAUGUUUGAACUGCAGGCAUUUUGUGCUGUAACUGGUAGAGAGCAGCUAACUGUAAAAGUGGAUCAUGACCAAAACAUUUGUGUAUUCAAUGGAAGUGCAGAAACAUUGUGUUGUUGUGAAGUUUUUGUUUCCUUUUUUUUUUUUUUUUAACUUU